UUUGACUUUUGUUCUGAUGUAGGUCUGAGCAGAAAAUAUUGGACUAACGUUUGAUUUGGCAGUUGGUCAUUAUGUGUGGAAAUGUAUUCAGGCUUGCUUUGCUUUUGCUGCUGCUGGGUCUAUACACAGCUGUUGAAGUGACUCAAGAGAAGAAGUUGGAGACCGGAGGAGCAGAUGGCAUUCUUCUCUGCUCAAACCAAACACUCACUAACAUCACUACUGUAGUAUGUAACAACAAUAAAGUUAGAAGUGAGGGUCAUGAGUGUAGAGUUUCACACGAAGUUGGGACAAAUCAUAUCAACAGCUCUUGUGACCCCAGAGUCACACUAGAGAUAGAGAAUGACAGAGUGUGUCUACGCAUUACCAACAUACAACCAUCUGAUGAAGGGAACUACACCUGUGACUGUGGAUAUAAUGGGGGCCGGAAUCAUAUAGAAAUACAUAUUUCUGUCAAUGGAACCCAAGUGCAAGAGGCCACAGACAACAGUCUCUUCUAUUUUGGGAUGAUAACAGGUGUUGCAGCAUGUGUAGCUGUCCUGGUGUUUGGUGGCAUAAUCAUUAGGAAAAUUAAUCUCAGAACACAGCUACAAGUGUCUGGAACCAUCAAAGAGGUGCCACAACAACACUAUUUAUGUGUUUUUGUUAUUUGUUUAGCCCUGGUAUUGCUAGCUGUUGCAUGUUAGUCAUAAUAAGGCAUCUGCAGAGACUACCCAGCAAACCAAAAUUGCUUCUGUGAACGUUCCUAGAACAUUAAUUAGGUUGCCCCAAAAGUUAUAAUUACACAAACU